AUGCCAAAUUAUGCUAAGUUUCUGAAAGAUAUAGUUUCUAGGAAGAAAAAGAUAGGAGAGCAUGAACUGGUAGCCAUGACAAAAUGUAGUAAUGCUAAGAACUCUAUUGAGAGUCAAAGGCGGUUGAACCCGAAGAUGAAAGAGGUUGUAAGGAAAUAAAUUCUUAAAUGGCUUGACGCCGGUGUUAUAUACCCAAUAUCCGACAGCAGCUGGGUAAGCCCAGUACAGUGUGUACCAAAGAAAGGGGGUAUAACCGUGGUGGCCAACGAGGAGAAUGAGCUCAUCUCAACCCGAACUGUGAGCAGGUGGAGAUUUUGCAUUGACUAUCGCAAACUCAACAAGGUAACAAAGAAAGACCAUUUUCCUCUCCCGUUUAUUGACCAGAUGCUCGACCGUCUGGCAGGUAAGGAUUUCUAUUGUUUUUUAAAUGGAUAUUCGAGUUAUAAUCAAAAUACUAUUGCUCCAGAAGACCAAGAGAAGACAACAUUUACGUGUCCGUAUGCUACGUUCGCUUUUAGGCGAAUGCCCUUUGGACUAUGCAAUGCACCCGCGACUUUUCAGAGGUGUAUGAUGGCCAUCUUCUCUGACAUGGUAGAAAAUAUUAUAGAAGUUUUUAUGGAUGACUUUUCUGUUUUUGGAAAUUCUUUUGACGCAUGUUUAGUUAAUUUGGAGAGAGUAUUGGAGAGAUGUGAACAAACAAACCUAGUCCUAAAUUGGGAGAAGUGUCAUUUCAUGGUACAAGAGGGUAUUGUUUUGGGUCACAAAAUUUCCAAGCAAGRAAUAGAGGUAGACCACGCUAAGAUMGAYAUCAUUUCAAAGCUACCUCCUCCUACAAAUGUCAAAGGGAUUAGAAGUUUUUUAGGGCAUGGGGGAUUUUACCGCCGCUUUAUAAUAGACUUUGCUAAAAUUUCUAAACCCUUGUGUCAAUUGUUAGAACAUGAUAGACCAUUUGUUUUUUAUGAUGACUGUUUAAAAUCAUUUGAAAUGUUGAAWGUUGCUCUAAGUUCARCCCCUAUAAUUAUCGAACCUAAUUGGGAUUUACCUUUUGAGCUCAUGUGUGAUGCYAGUGAUUAUGCAAUAGGAGCUAUGUUAGGACAACGUAAAAACAAGAUCUUGCAUCCUGUGUAUUAUGCUAGUAAGACUCUGACCGGUGCACAACUCAAUUACACUACUACUGAAAAGGAACUGUUAGCAGUUGUGUUCGCCUUUGAUAAGUUUAGGUCUUACUURAUAGGCACAAAAGUCAUUGUUUUUACUGACCAUUCUGCUYUAAAAUAUUUAUUUGCUAAAAAAGAUGCKAARCCAUGUUUGAUACGGUGGAUUUUGUUACUUCAAGAGUUUGAUAUUGAAGUUAGGGACAGGAAGGGUACUGAAAACCAAGUUGCUGAUCACCUGUCUAGAUUGGAAUCCCCGCUCUGUGAUGAUGGAACUGUUAUACGUGAACAGUUUAUUGACGAACAACUCUUGCGAGUUGAUUCAGUUCCGUGGUAUACCGAUAUAGCAAAUUAUUUGGUAAGUCGAAUAGUUCCUUAUGAGUUCAACAAGCAACAGGUAAAGAAAUUUCUAAAUGAAGUUCGAUUUUAUCGUUGGGAUGAGCCUUUUUUAUAUAAGCUAGGACCUGACAAUAUCUUACGCAGGUGUGUCGCAGAAGAAGAGCACGAGUCGAAUGGGUUAGCCGAAAUAUCUAAUAGGGAGAUAAAAAACAUUUUAGAAAAAACUGUAAAUCUUAACCGUAGGGAUUGGUCUUUUAWGCUUGAUGAUUCACUUUGGGCAUAUAGGACAGCAUUUAAGACUCCCCUCGGCAUGUCCCCCCAUAGGCUAGUUUUUGGAAAAGCAUGUCAUUUGCCUAUUGAGCGAGAAUAUAAAGCAUUUUGGGCUACUAAGAAAUUAAAUUUUGAUUUGUCGGCUGCAGGUGAAGCGAGGAAGUUACAAUUGUUGGAAUUAGAAGAACACAGGCAAUUUUCUUAUGAGAAUGCUAAGCUGUUUAAGGAAAAAACUAAACAGUGGCACGAUAGGCAUCUUCGACCGAACAAUCUUCAAGAAGGUGAUCUGGUUCUGUUAUUCAAUUCUAGGUUGAAACUUUUUCCUGGGAAACUUAAGUCUAGAUGGYCURCCACCACCAAAAAGAAGAAGAAAUUUCCAGCAUUUGCUUACAUCUAUGGCUUCUUCUUACAUACUUCACUUCCUACCUCUUCUACUCAAGCUCCAAAUGCCACAAGCAUUCCCUUUCCACCAUUGGAGAACUUCCAACACCACAUGGUUUCAGAUUCUAGGCUAGCUGCUGUUAGGGGAGGAAACCCGCUUCAAACAUUUGAAUGUCCUCCAUCCCAAGCUCCUACACAACAUCCUAUAAUGAGCCCACAUGGUUAUGUUAAUUUUCAGCAACUACCCACCUUUAAUAUACCUCAAAGCAGUGAGUUUAGGGCUGAAAAUCCUCAACAACUUCCUCCAAUGAUCAAUCCGGGUAUGUACCAACCGUUUAUGUUUAACCUGGUUCCUUCCUAUCAUUUUCCCUUGUCCCAAAUGCAAAUUCCAGCUAGUGUUCAUCCUUAUGGAAUGCCAAACCCAUCUACUCUAUUUCCUAGCCUUAUACCUUAUUAUGGAAUGGGUCAUUGGGUACCCCCAACCAAUUAUGGGAUGAUUUCACCUAGGGUUCCCCCACCACCUCAACUUUCAUUCCUAGAAAGAGGACCUCAAGCACCCCAAUUGAACCCUAACAUAUUGAGUACCUUCAACAUGGGACAACUAAAACCCUUAGAGCCUCCUAGGAUGCCAACCCCAACCAAUAUGCCAAUGGAUGUAGGAGAUGAGCAUGGAGGAGAGCAAGAAAAGAGUCAUAGCCAUAGGCUAGAGCCCGGGGUGUUGAUAGGGCAAAAGAGGAAGGGCAAGGAGGUGAUGAUAGACCCAGAAAUUGAGGAAGAUGGGAGUAGUAGGCGUCUGACGCCUAAGGAUUCAUCUAUGGAGAACAGGGACGAGGAGCAGUUUUAUUCAUCUCCAUUGAUUAUUACAUCGGAAGAUGGUAAUGAUGAUUUUCUACUGGUUUCACGAGGCCAUUGUUCAAAUAUGCCGGAAACAGAGGAUACCGAGAACGAAGUGGUGAGAACAGAUACUCAGGAACCUUCCCCAUUGGAUACACCUACAGAAGGAGCGUUUUGUAGUCACCAAGAGUUGCCUACUGGGGCAACUGGAUCUAUUCCGUUGGCAACGGAUGAGUAUGUCACACUGAUGGCCACUCUACCAGGGGUAAGGGAUGCUCACACUAUUCCUUCUAAUACAGUUAACCCGCUUGGGUGUGAUACAGGUAGAUCCGAGGUUGGGGAGAAUAGUACUCAAGAACCUACUAGCGAAGAAGAUCUUGAGGACAUGCAGACGAUAAGGGAAAUGUUCCAAUACAAGAGGCGGGAGAAAAAUAGUUCAAAAGUCGUGCAGUUCAGGCUAAGAAGCCGACAGUGCCCAUGA